UAUCUCUGGAUACAAUGGGCAAACCAUUGGCAGGGAAGAGGAAAGAGCAGCGUCUUUCAUCAGAGUUUAGAUCAAUCGCGAAGCGCAACGCUAGGCCAGGCGACGACAUGGGCCGUUGGUUGAAGCCAGAUGUUUACCCGCUGAUCGGCGCGAUGUCGCUGGUGACGGGGAUGUGCGUCUUCCAGCUCACCCGGAACGUCUUCCUCAACCCAGACGUCAGGGUGAGCAAGAGCAACCGGCAGAGCGCGGUGCUGGAGAACGCGGAGGAGGGCGAGAGGUACAGCCAGCACGCCUUCCGCCGCUUCGUCAGCGCGCACCGCCCGGAGGUCUUCCCUGCCAUCAACCGCUUCUUCUCAGGGUUCAGCGCCAAGUGAUGAUGGGUUCCAUCGAACCGGCCGGCCGGGUGCAGUGCUUCUGUGUGUACGUGUGUCGCGUGUGGAUAUGUUAGUGAUUGUGUCAUUAGCGUGGAGGCGUCCCAUGGAUAUGUACCAGACAUGCCUCAAGUGAAUAAAUGGUUUGGGCAAAUA